AGCGCUCCCGAAGGAACAACUCGUCUCGGGCGGGUGCUGAACUUUGCCGAUCUUACUGCGCUGGGGGUAGGUUCAACCUUAGGCGUGGGCGUAUAUGUGCUGGCUGGACAUGUUGCGCGUGAUGUUGCUGGACCUUCAGUUGUAAUAUCCUUUGCUAUAGCGGCGAUAGGCAGUUUUCUUGCAGGUUUAUGCUACGCUGAAUUCGGAGGGCGCGAACCAUGUGCUGGAUCAGCUUACACUUAUUCAUACAUUUGUUCUGGAGAAUUAGUCGCAUUUAUCAUUGGAUGGAAUCUGAUACUGGAAUAUGUUAUAGGUAGUGCCAGUGUAGCGCGAGGUGUUAGUGUUUAUCUUGAUUCGAUACUGGAUGGUGUCAUAGGAAAGGCUUUUGCUUCAUUCGCACCUCUAUCACUUUCCUUUCUUGCUGGUCAUGUGGAUUUUUUGGCUUUUAUAUUAGCCGUCUUAUUUGCAGUGGCUUUAGCUUUAGGAGUGAAAAAAUCUACAAUGGUCAAUAACUUAUUUUCAUUGUUGAACUUGAUCGUCGUGGUGUUUGUUAUAAUUGCUGGAAGCAUAAAGAUCGAUAUCAAAAAUUGGAAAAUCAAGCCUGAGACGUUGCCUGCAGUCGUGCAAGCUACCCAGAACAUUGGAUCUGGCGGAUUCUUCCCAUUCGGUGUGAUGGGAACAAUAAAGGGCGCUGCAACUUGUUUUUAUGGUUACAUCGGCUUUGACUGCAUUUCAGCAAGUGGCGAAGAAGUUCAAGAGCCAAGAAAAACCAUACCACGUGCAAUAAUUGCAACACUGGUAAUUGUUUUCAUCUCGUACUUCGGCGUUUCUGCAGUGAUAACACUUAUGUUGCCUUACUACGAUCAGAAUCGUGAUGCGCCAUUGCCUUAUGCGUUUGCUGCUGUUGGAUGGAAUUUUGCAAAGUGGAUAGUUGCUAUAGGAGGUCUUUUCGGUUUAAUCACUAGUUUGUUUGGAUGUAUGUUUCCACUGCCUCGUAUUUUGUAUGCCAUGGCCUCUGAUGGAUUGAUUUUUAGAUUUAUGGGCCGCGUUAGUGAUACAUAUAAUACACCCGUCAGUGGAACAAUUCUAGCUGGAUUACUUACCGGUUUGAUGGCUGCGUUGUUUGAUCUAAAUCAGCUGGUAAAUAUGAUGUCAAUAGGAACGUUAACUGCCUAUACGAUGGUCGCCGCAUGUGUACUUUUGUUAAGAUAUGAAUACCCAGUUAAGGUAUACCAUGCAUCAGAUUCAGCAGCUGAAAGUGAAAGUGAAAUGCUGUUAUCCAAUCAUAAAGCGAAUAAGCAUGAAGAAGUCGAAGACUCUGAAGUUGAAUCAGAUGAACCCGGUAAAGAGUAUGACGCUUCCGAUUCCGAUAACUACACUAGUACACCACCUCAAGAAAGAAGUGCUCUAGUUUCGAAAAAUAAAAUUGUUAAACACAAUUUGCGGAAUGUAUUGUCGCAAGUGAUAAAUAGAGAAGGUUCGACUACCCCGACGUCUUUGUCACAAUAUGUGUUCAAUUGGCUCAUUUGCAUAUACGGAAUUCUUUGUCUGGCUCUCGGUUUAAGUCUAGUUUAUGGCGAGAAGGCACUAAGCAAAUUGGAGCCAUGGAUAAUCGUCUUAUGUACCUUCUUGUCAUUGCUUCUGGUGUUAAACGUCUACGCCAUGGCUCGGCAACCCAGUAGCGGCAAACCAGACACAUUCAGUGUACCACUCGUUCCAUACGUUCCUGCAAUUAGUAUUUUUGUGAACAUUUUACUAAUACUAAUGCUGGACCCUGCCACGUGGAUUCGAUUUGGGAUAUGGAUGACAAUAGGUAUAUUACUGUAUUUACUUUAUGGACUUCCUAAUACGAUGAAAGAGAUGGCCAGGGAUAAAAAAAUUACGAAUCAUAAUUUUCCCUAUUAUACCAAAGAUAAAAAAUGAAUAC